AUGGGUUCGUGUUUUCCAGGCUUCUCCACCCUGCAGGCUCCCAGUGCAGCACGUGGCCCGAAGGGAGGCUCGUUGACCGUGCUGUGUGAUUAUAACUCAGUAUGGGAGACCCAUGUCAAGUGGUGGUGUCGAGGCGCUGUCUGGAGUAGCUGCAAAUUCAUUGUUAGAACCACAGGAUCAGAGCAGGAGGUGAAGAAGGACCGUGUGUCCAUCAAGGACAAUCAGAAAGACCAAACAUUCACCGUGACCAUGGAGCAGCUCAGAGAGGAUGAUGCAGACGUUUACUGGUGUGGGAUUGAGAAAAGUGGACCUGACCUUGCAGUCCAGGUUAGAGUGUCAGUUGACCCAGAUUCCAGUCCUGAGAGCUCCACAACGACCCCUGGGCCUUCUAUAUCCCUGUCAGCACGUACUAGGGCCAGCUUGACCAGCCAGGACACCUCUGACCCCAGACCACACACACAGUCUCUGCUCAGCAGCGUCCACUUCCUGCUCCUGGUCUUCCUGAAGGUGCCCCUGCUUCUGAGCAUGCUCGGUGCUGCCCUCUGGGUGAACAGGCCUCACAGUGGAGGAGAGAGACUGAAUCAGUUAAACGAUAAGAACCAGUAG